AUGAGAUCCGUCGGCUCAACCAUCACGGCGGCGUUGGCACUGGCCAUCACUAGCAGCGGGAAAGAGUGCAAGCCAUACGUUACCUCAGAGAAGCUCCAAGACCUCAUCACCCUCGAGGAUCUUCUCAGCGCAGCUCAAAAACUCCAGGAUAUUGCCGAUGCCCACGGCGGUAACCGUGCCUUCGGUGGCGGAGGCCACAAUGCUACUGUUGACUGGCUUUACGAUACCUUGACCGCACUGGACUACUUUGAUGUGGUGAAGCAGCCCUUCACUGAGCUCUUUCACACAGCAUCGGGUACCCUCAGCAUUGGCGGCGCAAAGGUUGAAUCUGUGUCAACUAUGACGUACACACCUGGUGGUACUGUCUCUGCACCCCUUGUCCUCGUCUCCAAUCUAGGUUGUUCAGUGGAUGACUUCUCUUCUGAAGUUCAAGGAAAGAUUGCCCUUAUCUCUAGAGGAACCUGCAGCUUUUCGCAGAAGUCUCUCAAUGCCAAGUCUGCUGGAGCUGCCGCUGCCGUGGUCUACAAUAAUGAACCUGGUCCUAUCGCGGGAACGUUGGGAACCGCCGGCCUCGAUUACGUUCCGAUUGUUGGCAUCAGCCAGGAAGAUUCAGUGGCAAUCCUGGCCGCUAUCAAGGCCGGGGAAGUCACUGCAGAUUUUGACGUUGCCGCAUUGUCAGAGCAGCGUGUUAAUUACAACGUCAUCGCCGAGACCAAGGGCGGAGACCAUGACAACGUUCUUGUUCUCGGAGGGCACUCUGAUUCCGUGUAUGCAGGCCCUGGUAUCAACGACGAUGGCUCAGGAUCAAUCGGUGUCUUGAAUGUAGCCAUUGCCCUCUCAAAAUUCCGAAUCAAGAAUGCUGUUCGAUUUGCAUUCUGGGGCGCCGAAGAAUACGGAAAACUGGGCUCGUUCUAUUACGUCAAACAAUUGAACAGCUCUGAUACGGAAAUGGCAAAAAUGAGAGCCUACCUUAACUUUGACAUGAUCGCGAGCCCCAACUACGUCUACGGUAUUUACGAUGGCGAUGGUGGUGCUUUCAACUUUAGUGGCCCUACUGGCUCUGCUGAGAUUGAAAAGGAGUUUGAAGAGUUCUAUGAGCGCAAUGGUGUUGCUCAUGUGCCUGCGAUCUGGUCAGGGAGAUCGGACUACGCUGGUUUCAUCGAGAAUGGAAUUCCCUCUGGUGGUCUCUUCACCGGAGCCGAAGUAAUUAAAACGGAAGAGGAGGCCCAGCUUUUUGGAGGCGAGGCCGGCGUUGCCUAUGACAUCAACUAUCACAAGGCUGGUGAUGACAUCAACAACCUAUCACAUGACGCCUUCCUUCUCAACACGAAAAGCAUUGCUAAUUCAGUAGCCAAGUAUGCCAUCAGUUGGGACUCUCUACCAUCAGUGAGUUCAAAUGAGAGGCGUUGGAAUGCUGAUAAGGCCCAGCAUUUCAAGAGAAGUGCGGCUGCUCAUGGCCACAGUCACGAGGGCCCAUGUGGCGCUGGUGGCGACCUCAUUUGA